AUGGGCUCCAAAGAUGGCAAAGCGAGCCUUGCUUACCAAGUGGAACAAGCCUUAAAUCUUGCAAAUGACUAUUCUCUCGGCUCUGUACAUCCCGAUGGCCAUUGGUACGGCGAAAUGAGAAGCAAUGUCACUGUGACAGCCGAAUACAUCUUCCUUCGACAGGCAUUUGGCCUGGACCUGGAAGCUGACAACGCCCCCUAUCGUCGCUAUAUACUGUCCCAGCAAAACAGCGAUGGCUCAUGGGGUCUGGCUCCCGAAGUAUCCGGAGAUGUAUCAACUUCAACCGAGGCCUACCUUGCCCUGAAGAUUCUGGGAGUGAGCAUGGAAUCACCAGCCAUGCAAAAGGCUCGAGAAUUCGUUCUCCGCGCAGGGGGCGUUGCCAAAGUGCGCGUUUUCACUCGCAUUUUCCUAGCUACCUUCGGCUUGUUUUCGUGGGACGCUGUGCCUCUCAUACCGGUUGAAUUGAUUCUUCUAUCUACUCUCCUUCCAAUCAAUAUCUAUCGGUUUGCAUCUUGGGCCCGUGGCACCAUUGCUCCUUUGCUCAUUAUAUGCCACCAUCAACCUGUCUACCCACUGCCCAACGGAACUUCUGCCUGUAACAAUUAUCUGGAUGAGCUUUGGCAAGACUAUACGACUAAGAAUGUACCUUAUAGCGAGCCUCUCUGGACAAUGCUCUUUCAUGGAAAUUUGAUAAGCCUUGCAUUUGGCGUGUUGGACAAAAUACUUUACCAACUAAACGGACUUCGCACUGUCCCAUUGAUGCGGUCAUAUGCGCGGAAGAAAUGCAUGCAAUGGAUUCUCGAGCGACAAGAGAAGACUGGAGACUGGGCUGGAAUAUUUCCUCCUAUGCACGGCUGUGUAUACGCCUUCAUGCUAGAAGGCUACACACUGGAUGACGACCCGGUUCGGCUUGGAAUCGAGGCAAUCGAAAGAUUUGCAUGGCAAGACGAGCACGGCAAGAGAAUCCAGCCCUGUGUCUCACCUGUUUGGGACACAGCCCUAAUGACGAUUGGUCUCUGUGAUGCCAUGUCACCGAGCCGGCAGACCUUGCUUCAAGCCAUCACCUGGAUUCGCAGCCGCCAAUUACUCCAAAGCAGGGGAGAUUGGCAGAUAUACCGGCCAAAGCUAGCACCAGGAGGCUUCAGCUUCGAGUACGAAAACAGCUGGUAUCCAGACGUCGAUGACACAGCCGCAAUUAUCCUUGCCCAACUAAAAUACGAUAAGGCCUCUCUCACUUCAAGGUCUGUCCUCGCAGCAGCCACAUGGAUAUGCGGAAUGCAGAACCCAGAUGGAGGAUGGGCAGCCUUCGACGUGGAAAACGAUAAGCUAUUCCUCAACAAAAUCCCUUUCAGUGACAUGGACAGUCUGUGCGAUACAUCCUGUGCCGAUAUCACAGGACGCACACUGGAAGCUUUCGGAUUGAUGAUGAAACAGGCUACUGCGAAAGCUGAUAUUGGUGAUAUUCUACCUAAUUUACGCGUGGCAUGUGCCCGUGGUGUGCAUUAUCUUGAAUCAACUCAAGAGGCCAGCGGGGCCUGGUACGGAAGAUGGGGAUGCAACUAUGUGUACGGCACGAGUCAUGCGCUAUGUGGUCUUGCAUACUUCCUUGACGAUCACCGGGUCCGCGAGAUGGUAAAGCCAGCUCUGCAGUGGUUGAAGUCUGAGCAAAACAAGGGCGGCGGCUGGGGCGAGUCCUUGCUUUCUUACCGAUCUCCUCACUUGCGGAAGCAGGGAUCAACGCCGUCGCAAACUGCAUGGGCUUUAAUGGGUUUGUUGGCUCAUCUUCCAAUCGACGAUAUCAGCAUUGAACACGGAGUUCAGUACUUGGUGGUAUCACAGAAACCGGAGAAAGGAGUUGGGUCUUCUUGGCCUGAAGCUGUGUACACUGGGACUGGGUUCCCGAAUCACUUCUAUCUGGGUUAUGAUUACUAUAGACAUUAUUUUCCUAUGAUGGCGCUCGGAAGGUAUCUACAAGGGGCUCGGGGGCGAAGCUGA